AUGCCAGUAAACUUCUUUAGCCUUCCUCCUGAACUUCGCAAUGAGAUAUACACCUAUCUCCUAAUACGCAGAGAGCCCAUUAAUCCCUGGAAUGGGGAUAAUGAGCUACAUCCCAAAAUCCUCCUCACCAAUACAGCAGUCUUACAUGAGGCUAGGGCACUACUCUAUGGACAUAAUCGCUUUGAUCUGAAGUGUGAACCUGGACAAAUAUCUGAAUUUCUUGAUACUAUUGGCUUUAUCAACGCAUCUCACCUCCAAUGUAUCUACAUCGACUUUCCAAGAUUUCACAAUGUCGAAGAGGAGGUCAGCCUGGAAGAAGGCAGCCUUCAUGACCUGGAAAUUAUCCAGUCAUACUGUACCGAUAUACGAAAGCUCAUAACAAACUUCGAAAGCACCAUUGCCAUGGAAACCUGGCUAGUCUCAUUUGACAGUCCUACGAUUUGUGUCCGGGCGUUAGCGCUGAUUGCUGCUCGUUUCAGAGCAAUUUCGUCUCUCCAAGAAAUUGUUAUCGAGGUUGACCACGACCAAGGUCCAAUUCAAAGGGAAAUGAAGAGUCAUGGAUGGAUACUCCAGGGUGUGAUGCUAGAGUUAGUAGGGGAGUGGGAGGAUUUUGAAGGUGAUGUGUAUCCUGAUAAUGAUUGCGAUGAUGAUGAUUACGAUGAUAAUGAUGGAUGGGACAGUUAUAUGAGGGGUUACCGUGCAGGUGCAUUUGGCCACCCAUCACCCUAG